AUGUGGUUUCCCAAGCUCACGGCCUCGUUGUUCUUGUCUCUGCUGGCGACCAAUGCCUUCGCCGCGUCCGAGAACGCUAUCGAGGAGGAGAUUGACAACCCGAGCACUUCAGCCAACCUAGCUGUUUCGGUCAGCGCUUCGUUCCCCAACUCCGAGAUCUUCGGCGUGAAGCUCGUCAAUGGCCACCCCACCAAUGCUAUUCUCGACUUCAAGAACGAGGAGAAGGAGGCCGUCACGGUUGAGUUCAUCGGCGGCUCCCUUCUCAGCCCUGCCACUGGCCAGCCCUUGCGCAACCUGACCAUCUCCAAGUACAACAUCAACAUCGGGGCCGGGAGCAGCGCCAGCUUGACCUACAGCUUCCAGACCGAAAUGCACCCUCAGGACCUCAAGCUCAACCUUGCUGCUGUUGUUAGGGACAGCAAGGAGGCUUUCUACACCCUCCAGGCCUACAAUGAGACCGUCAGCGUUGUCGAGGCGCCCACCAGCAUCUUUGACCCUCAGAUUCUUUUCCUCUACUUCGUCCUUGCUUCCGUCUUCGCCGGUACCUGCUACUUCAUCUACAACACUUGGAUCACUACGCUGUUCCCUCAGAAGAAGGGCCGUGGCAAGGGUGGCGAGCGCGCCAAGACUUCUUCCAAGGGCACCAAGGCUGUCGACCCCGCUGACCAGGUUGGCGUUGUCGGCGCUGACGGCCCUGCUGUCACCUCUGGCGCCAAGGGCUUCGAUGAGAGCUGGAUUCCUGCCGGCCACCUGAACCGCCCGGAGGCUCGCCGUGUCAAGAGCGGUACCCCUAAGACUAAGACUCGCGGUUAA